UUACCGCAGCACAGUAGUUCGCAUACACACACAGUCCAGCAUACAGCAAAGACAUCGAUCGAUUCGAUACAUCUACGUGAAGAGAUAGACCACUAGCUAGCUGCUAGCUCGGACCUGUCGAUUGGAACGGAUUUGGGUUGAUGAUUCGCAGCAUGGGAUCUUGGGUUCGCUCCAUCACGUCGCCCUUCAGGAAGAUGCUCAACCCGCAGAGAGAGCAGCACGGCAAGAAGACGCCGAGCCACCGCCGCCAGUCCUCAGCCAUGGCGCCGCACGGCGGCGAAGCGGCGGAGAGGACGUCGCAGCUGUACGGCGAGGUGAUGGCGUGCACGUACGAGGACGUGCAGGUCAUGUGGUCCAUGCUCGACAAGGCCAGGAUCUGCAGCGCCGCGGCCUCGUGACCACACCUAUGACUAGCUUCGGUCCAUCGGAUCCGUCGUCCGUCCGUCCGUGGAGACGAGAUGAGACGAUCGAGAUCGAUCCACCAGUACAUAUAUACUUAUACUAUAGCCACCCAUUGCAAAGCUAGCUACCUGCAGUACAUGCAUGUCUGAAGAUCGGCAAUUAAGCCUGCAUGCAUGCAAGUUCUGAAGCUUUUUUUUUCUUUCCAGUUGAUUUUUGUGUCGUCUAUAUAUGAUCUAUCAUGGUCGAGUCUGAAUCCCCAUUGCUGGCAAACAUGUAUGCAUGUUGAUGCUGGAUUAACGGAGAGAUUUAAGUGCUGCUACCACAACAUUA